CUUUGAGAUGCUUCCAUUAAUUGGGAAAAAAAUUAUCUUUGAUAACUUUCCUGAUCCCUCUGAUACCUGGGAAAUCAUUGAAACAAUUGGAAAAGGAACUUAUGGGAAAGUUUUUAAAGUUCUGAAUAAGAAAAAUGGCCAAAAAGCAGCAGUCAAGAUUCUGGACCCAAUUCAUGAUAUUGAUGAAGAGAUUGAAGCUGAGUACAAUAUCUUAAAAACACUUUCCGACCACCCUAAUGUGGUCAGAUUCUACGGCAUGUAUUUUCAAAAGGAUAAAGGAAGUGGAGAUAAACUGUGGUUGGUUCUUGAGCUGUGCAAUGGAGGCUCAGUGACUGAUCUUGUGAAAGGAUUUCUGAAGAGAGGCGAAAGAAUGAGUGAGCCUAUAAUUGCCUAUAUUUUACAUGAAGCACUCAUGGGACUUCAGCAUUUGCACAACAACAAAACUAUCCACCGUGAUGUAAAAGGAAAUAACAUCUUAUUGACCACUGAAGGUGGAGUUAAACUGGUUGAUUUUGGUGUGUCUGCUCAGCUCACCAGCACCUGGCACCGUCGGAACACAUCUGUAGGAACACCAUUUUGGAUGGCUCCUGAGGUGAUUGCAUGUGAACAGCAAUUGGAUACCAUGUAUGAUGCCAGAUGUGACACAUGGUCCCUGGGUAUCACAGCCAUUGAACUUGGGGAUGGAGAUCCCCCACUUGCAGAUAUGCAUCCCAUGAGAGCACUCUUCAAAAUACCAAGGAAUCCACCCCCAAAAUUAAGGAAGCCUGAGCUGUGGUCAGCUGAGUUCAAUGACUUCAUUAGCAAGUGCUUGACUAAGGAUUAUGAAAAUCGUCCAACAGUGUCAGAUCUUUUACAGCAUAAAUUCAUUACCCAGAUUGAGGGCAAAGAUGUGAUGUUACAAAAACAACUCAUGGACUUCAUUGACAUUCAUCAACGCUUGGGAAGCACAGAAAGAGCCAGACAUGAACGUAUUCACACCAAGAAAGGUAAUUUCAACAGAUCUGUAAUUUCCAUUAUGAAGGAUGUAGAUGAUUUAGCCACCCUAGAAGUUUUGGAUGAGAAUACAGUCUCAGACCAACUUGAAAAGUGUUAUUCCAGAGACCAGAUUUAUAUCUAUGUGGGAGAUAUUCUGAUCGCCCUCAACCCUUUUCAGAAACUAGAUCUUUAUUCCACAAAGCAUUCCAAAAUAUACAGUGGAGCAAAGAGAACUGCCAACCCGCCUCAUAUUUUUGCAGUCGCUGACUUAGCAUACCAGUCUAUGAUUACGUAUAAUUCCGAUCAGUGCAUCGUCAUUUCUGGAGAAAGUGGAGCUGGAAAAACUGAAAGUGCACAUCUUUUAGUUGAGCAGUUGACAGUACUUGGAAAGGCUAACAAUAGAACACUUCAAGAGAAGAUUUUACAAGUAAAUAAUUUGGUGGAAGCAUUUGGUAAUGCCUGCACUAUUAUAAAUGACAAUUCCAGCAGAUUUGGAAAAUACUUAGAAAUGAAGUUCACCUCUUUUGGAACUGUGGUGGGAGCACAGAUUUCUGAGUACCUUCUGGAAAAAUCUCGAGUUAUUAACCAGGCUAUUGGGGAAAAAAAUUUUCACAUAUUUUACUACAUCUAUGCUGGCUUAGCUGAAAAGAAGAAACUAGCCCACUACAAAUUGCCCGAAAAUAAACCUCCCAGGUAUCUACAAAAUGACCACCUGAGAACAGUGCAGGAUAUGAUGAAUAACGGUUUCUAUAAAUCCCAACAUGAAUUAAUAGAGCAAUGUUUCAAAGUCAUAGGCUUCUCAAUGGAAGAACUUGGAAGCGUGUAUAGUAUACUCGUUGCAAUCUUAAAUGUUGGAAACAUAGAGUUUUCUUCUGUGGCAACUGAAUACCAGAUUGACAAAAGCCACAUUUCUCAUCAUGCAGCUCUGGAAAACUGUGCUUCUUUGCUUUGCAUUCAAGCAGAUGAACUACAAGAAGCUCUCACCUCCCACUGUGUGGUAACUAGAGGAGAAACAAUCAUUCGUCCCAAUACUGUUGAAAAAGCCACUGAAGUCAGAGAUGCAAUGGCUAAAACUUUGUAUGGACGUCUCUUUAGUUGGAUAGUAAAUCGCAUCAACAGCUUGCUGAAGCAUGACACAUUGCCAAGUGGGAAUGGAGAGGAGUUGACCAUUGGCAUUCUUGAUAUAUUUGGAUUUGAAAAUUUCAAGAAAAAUUCCUUUGAGCAGCUGUGCAUUAAUAUUGCAAAUGAACAAAUUCAAUAUUACUUCAAUCAGCAUGUGUUUGCAUGGGAACAGAAUGAAUAUCUACAUGAAGACAUUGAUGCCAGAGUUAUUGAAUAUGAAGAUAACCGGCCCCUCCUAGAUCUGUUCCUGCAGAAGCCAAUGGGUUUACUGUCCUUACUUGAUGAAGAGAGCAGAUUUCCCAAGGCCACUGAUCAGACUCUUGUGGAAAAAUUUGAGAACAACCUGAAAUCACAAUACUUCUGGAGGCCUAAACGUGUGGAACUUAGUUUUGGAAUUCACCACUAUGCUGGAAAGGUCCUCUACAAUGCAGGUGGGUUUUUAGCUAAAAAUAGAGACACUCUUCCAACUGACAUUGUGCUCCUUUUGAGGUCAUCAGAAAACAGCAUAAUACAGCAGCUAGUCAACCAUCCUCUGACAAAAACAGGUAAUCUGCCACACUCUAAAGGUAAAAAUAUAUUAAACUAUCAAAUGAGGACUUCGGAAAAAUCAAUUGACUUGACAAAGAAUGAAAAUGAAGAAGCCACACGCCAUGCCAGAGAGACGACCAACAUGAAAGCACAAACUGUUGCAUCGUAUUUUAGAUAUUCUCUGAUGGAUCUAUUAUCUAAGAUGGUGGUGGGCCAACCUCAUUUUGUUCGCUGCAUCAAACCAAAUAACGAUCGUCAGGCAAGAAAAUACGACAGAGAGAAGGUUCUGCUCCAGCUUCGCUGUACAGGUAUUCUGGAAACAGCAAGAAUUCGAAGACAAGGAUAUUCACAUAGGAUACUUUUUGCCAGCUUUAUAAAGCGGUACUACAUUCUCUGCUACAAGUGGAAUGAAGAGCCCCCAGUGAGCCCCGACACCUGUGCUGCUAUUUUGGAAAAAGCUGGUCUUGAGCAUUGGGCUCUUGGGAAAACAAAAGUAUUCCUUAAAUAUUAUCAUGUGGAACAGUUAAAUUUAAUGAGAAAGGAAACCAUUGACAAGCUUAUUUUGAUUCAAGCCUGUGUCAGAGGAUUCUUGGGUUCAAGAAGGUACCAUAAAAUACAAGAGAAGAGGAAAGCAAGUGCUAUGAUAAUACAGUCAGCUGCAAGAAAACAUCUACUUGGGAAGCAAAAAAAAGAAAUUGUUAAUACAAAACCCACAGCAGUAACAGUCAUUCAAACUCAUGAGUUUGACUACAAGAAAAACUUUGCAAAUAAAAGGGAAUCUAUUUUGAAGAAACAAACUGAAAAUGCAAUCUCGACUAAAGAACCAUGUUUUUCGGCUCCAAAUAAUAAAGGGAGCACAUCUGUAGUGAAGACUUCUACCUUUAAAGCUGAAGGAGAGUUCAUCAGUGCGGUAGAAAGUAACAACAGAAGAUAUCAAAUGCAGAGAAAACUAAACAAUAUGAAUGAGGACGUGAGUAAGCAAGAAUUGCAUCUCAUGGGAGAUUCUUGGCUAGAACUGAGUCCCAAACAGAAGCAUAUCAGAGACGUGGAAGAAGGCACUAAGGUAAGGAAACUGGAGGAGGAGGAUGCUGUGAUCCAGAGUUACUAUCAAAGGUACACAGAGGAACAUUUUGAAGACCCAAAAAUGGCACAUGUGGAGAGGAAGGGCAUAUCGGAAAGGCCAAACUAUUCAGGGCUGUGGUUAGCCAAGAACGGGACUAAGCAGCCUUCGUCUAAAAGCACGUUGGAACCUAGCCUUAGCCAAAGGUCGAUUUAUCAAAAUGCACCCAGCAAAGAAAAAGAAAAGAAGACAUCUGUGGUUACCCAGAAUGCACCCAUACGCAGCCAAGAGAAAAGCCACUGGAGGCAUGGGACAGUCAAAGAGAGGCAGGGUGAGCCAGUGACGCAGGACUGGGAAGAAGACAAAGCAGCAGUGUGCAUUCAGAGUAAAUACCGGUGUUAUAAGAGAAGGCAGCAAUUAAGGCAGGAUGGGCUGUCCUCUUCUUUUAAGAACCAAGAGGCUGAUGCAGCAAAAAUGGAAGUAGAAGGACACCCUCAAAAUUUAUAUUCCUGUCCCAUAAAACAUGAGGAAAGCUGUAAUAAUAUCAAGAUGAGGGAUAACCAAGACUCAAAAGCAGUUUCAGAAAAAGAAGCAUGUGAUUUGGCAGUGUUUUCACAGCAGAUCUCAAAGGUAUCUGAAGAAUAUUUCAUUCUACAGAAAAAACUGAAUGAAAUGAUUUUGUCUCAGCAACUGAAGCCUCUUUAUCUGAGUGUCUAUCCCCAUGAGCCAAUUAAUAGACGGGCUUCUUCUCAUCAGAACCUCUCAGGUAUCUCUAAAGAAGAACCAAAAAUAUUGAGACCCCCAAGACGACCCCGGAAACCCAAAACAUUAAAUAACCCUGAAGACUCCACAUACUAUUACCUACUACAUAAAUCAAUUCAAGAGGAAAAACGGAGACCAAGGAAAGACAGUGAAGGAAAAUUAUUAGAUCUGGAAGACUUCUACUAUAAGGAGUUUUCACCCAGUCAUUCUGGACCAAAGGAAUGUAGCCCUAGUUUAAAAGAACAAAGACUACAAAAUGAGCUCCAGAAUCAGUGUUUUAAAGCUGAUAAAAGUUGUAUGAUAAACUACAUGGUCAUCCUAAUUAUAAGCAAUAAACCAAAUCCAGAAUCUGUGGUCAAUCUCUAA